UCAUCACAAUCGCGCAGCCACAAUCCCCGAACUCUUUUUUGCCCCCUUCUCUCCCGCUCAUUCAUUCAAUCACGCGAAUUCACUUUUUUUUUUUUUCCUAAAAUAUGGCAGACGAAAACAGUAAUGAACAUGAAAAUGAGGUGAUGCCAGAGAACUCUGUUCCAGCUGAAGUUGAAGUUGAAGUUCCCGAUAACGAAACUGUGGAAGAACAUGGGGAUGAUGCUGUAGAGACUCAAGAUAAUAAGGAAGAAGAACAAGCUGGUGCUGCUGUGGAAGAGGAUAGUGCUCCUGCGAUAGAAAGUGUUGUGGAAAAGAAAUGGCCUGGGUGGCCUGGAGAGAGCGUUUUCAGGAUGUUGGUCCCUGUGCAAAAAGUUGGGGGCAUAAUUGGUCGUAAGGGUGAAUACAUAAAGAAAACUUGCGAAGAAACACGGGCUCGCAUUAAAAUUCUCGAUGGUCCACCUGGUACUACGGAAAGAACUGUGUUGAUCUCUGCAAAAGAAGAGCCUGAUUCUCCCAUGCCUCCAGCAAUGGAUGGUUUGUUGAAGGUUCAUCAACGCAUCAUUGAUGCUGACACAGAGUUUACUCAGGCUGCACCUACCUCUAUUUGCUCAAGGUUACUCGUUGCAGGUGCACAAGGUGGAAGCUUGAUAGGCAAGCAAGGUGCCACCAUAAAGACCAUUCAAGAUUCUUCAAAUUGUAAAAUUCGGGUUAUGAGUGAAAACCUACCAAUUUUUGCUAUACCUGAUGAUAGCGUUGUUGAGAUACAAGGAGACCCUGCUGGUGUGCGCACUGCUCUAGAAUUAAUUGCAACUCAUCUAAGAAAGUUUUUAGUUGAUCGAAGUGUUAUCAGCAUUUUUGAAACGCAAAUGCAAACACCAAAUGCUCGUCCAAGUCAGGAGAUGCCACCUUCUCAACCAUGGGGGCCACCAUCUCAUCAAGGUUUCCCGAUGAAUACUGGUGGUGGGCACGGUUUUGGACCCAAUCCAUUUAUGCCACCACAACACCAAUAUGACAACUAUUAUUCACGAGCAGAGAUGCCUCCACCGAUGGAGAAACAGCAUCACCAGGGUCCACCUUCUUAUGGUAGGGAUCCGUCUAUUGGACAACCUCACACACCAAGUGUGCAGCCACAACAGUCGAUAGUAACGAAGGUAUCGCAGAACAUGCAAAUUCCUCUUUCAUAUGCUGAUGCUGUUAUUGGUACCUCGGGUACUAAUAUUAGCUAUAUUCGGCGUGCCAGUGGUGCAACUAUUGCAAUACAAGAAACAAGAGGCGUUCCUGAUGAAAUGACUGUUGAGAUCAACGGGUCUGCGUCACAAGUUCAGACAGCUCAGCAGUUGAUACAAAAUGUUGUAGCUGAAGCUGCAGCUGCUGCCCAGAAUGCUGCUGCUCCGCCUCCUGCUCAAGGAGGCUACAAUAACCCCUACCCUGGCCAUGCACCUGUGUACCCAUCUCAACCUCCUCCUGCUGCCCAUGCGCCUCCAGGUGCUGAGUAUGGUGGACCUGUCUAUGGAGGGAAUUACGGAUAUUAAAGAAUUUGUUCUGAUAUAAAAGCCCUUUAGAUGUUUUUCAAGGAGUAUGGGCUACUGUUGUAACAGACGUGUGCUUGUCUAGAAAUAGCUAGGUCUUUCGUUAUGGAACUGCUUAGAACAUGAGAAUCUUUGAUUUAUGUCUCUUUUUCUUUGCUCUUAUGCAAUUCUGUUCUGAAUGAUUGUGUCGAGAGAUUAUGAAGGCAUUUCUUCAUUUAUAGAUGCCGUUUAUACAAGCAAGAGCUUUUGCAACGAA